AUGUCGGACGAACUCAACUCGGCCCCCGACGGCCUCAUUGGGGGCUAUCAUGGCAACAGCUUGACGAUCCGCAUUCUGAUGAUCGUCUUCUCGUCCAUCGCAUUGUACAAUGCCAUCGAACUAUUCAUCCUCUUGUUUCUGACUUUUCAGCACUAUCGCGGCCUCUACUUCUGGGCCUUGCUAUUCUCCGUCGUACUUGGGGUCAUCCCCCACACGAUUGGCUAUAUUCUGGAGUUUUUCGCCCUCGCACCCCUAUGGCUGUCUCUCACUAUAUCCACCAUUGGCUUCUAUGUCAUGGUGCCGGGUCAGUCGGUGGUGCUCUACUCUCGUCUACACUUGGUGGUCCAGAACCCUCGGAUUCUGCGAUUCGUUCUCUGGCUCAUCAUCGUUGACGCCUUUAUUCUCUUAAUCCCCACCACCGUCCUCACUUUCUCCACCGCUUAUGUCCAAACCUUGCCUUUCAUCCGAGGCUACAACGUCAUGGAGCGCCUACAACUAGCUUGGUUCUGUGUCCAGGAAUUUGUCAUCUCAGGCAUUUACAUCUCCGAAACUGUCAAAUUACUCAAAUUGAUGCCUGAUAAAGACCAGCGGCGAUCGAGGAUCAUGUACGAGCUGUUGGCUAUUAACUUUGUCAUUAUUCUGCUGGAUGUCGCUCUGCUCGUGGUCGAAUAUUGUGGGUUCUACUCGCUGCAGACGACCUUGAAACCGAUGGUAUAUAGCAUCAAACUGAAGCUCGAGUUUGGUGUUCUUGGUAAGCUAGUUUCCCUCGUGCAGACUCAGCGCUCUCAGCCCACGUCCACCGAGCGUGAAGAGUAUCCCGGCUUCGUGGACCCGUCGCAGCUUACGUCGGACGUGACUCACGCCGCGCCGACUAAAUCGCGCGCGCCUCGUGGUAUGAGUGCUUGGAAUAACAUCUCCUUGGAGAGCUUGCCCAUGUCGGAACGACGAAUGCGUCCUUCAACGCGUUCGUCGGACAGUUCACAACCACCUUGA